AUGAGCAGAGGCAAGAUAGAGAUAAAGAGGAUCGAAAAUGUAAAUAGCAGACAAGUCACCUUCUCUAAGCGACGCAAUGGGUUGCUCAAAAAGGCCAAGGAAUUGUCUGUUCUCUGUGAUGCUGAAGUUGCUGUCAUAGUCUUCUCUAGUACUGGGAAGCUAUACGAAUUUUCUAGCACUAGCAUGGAGAACACUCUCACAACAUACUGCAAUGGCGUGGAUUUAGAAUGGCUUGAACUUUCUACUGAUGAACAUGAAAUAGAGAAACAAAAUACACAUAGGGCAAAAGUGAAUGCACUGAAAGAUGAAGUCUCAAAACUACGGUUGACAUGCUUGCAGACGAUGGGUCAACAAAUAGAUCGCCUGAGCUUCAAAGAGCUGCACCACCUAGAACGUCAAUUAAGCGAGGGGUUACUCUCUGUUGAGGAUAAGAAGGAGCAGAAGCUCAUUGAAGAGAAUGAAAAGCUGCGGAAACAGUUUAAUCCAUUUGAAAGGAGAUCCUCUGUUGCAAGAACUGCCAAAACUGCUAGCUAUGAUGGAGGAGAGAAGGAAGAAGAAAGUGAUAAUGAUAUUUCAGUGACUUUAUUGCAACUGGGGCUGUCUUGUGAACGUAAUAAGAAGAGAAAAGCAAAUAAGAAUGAAUUCAUAUGCAAUGAUUCAGGGGUCAGGUUGGCUCAGAGUGAUUCACUAUGA